AAAUGUCAUAACAACAAACGUCAUUCCUUGGAAAAAUACCCAUAUUUUUGUUUUCUUCCUCGUAUUGUAUUACUCGUAUUCCCUUAUUCUAAGAACAAUAGAUAGCCAUUGAAAAGAUAAGAAAUGUCGGGUUACAGCUAUAAAAAAUCCACAAACCCGUUCGAAAUUGAAGACGUAGACGAUGAAACGUUUUUGAAAAACACGAGAAAAAACUCCGCCUUCGAUAACCAGGUACAGGCCUAUCAAGAACGUAGGAAACAAAUCGAGGAAAGAACGAUAAACAGCACAGAGAGAAGCAUAAGUGUCCUGAGAGACUCUGAACAGAUAGGUAUAGCCACUGCCGAAGAACUCAUGAGACAAAGGGAAAAGUUGGAAAAGACUGAUAAACAACUCGACGAGAUCAACGCAACUUUGAGGUUUUCUCAGAAGCAUAUUAACGGUAUUAGAUCUGUAUUUAGUAGUUUGAAGAACUACGUCUCCGGUAGAAACGACAGUAGUCCAUCAAUUUCGAGUACUUCCAGCAAUAUGAAGCCUUCCUCCUCAAAUAAUUCUCUGAAGGAAGAAGUGCAGAAGUAUGAUCGGUAUGAAAACCACCCUAGUACACGUCUUAAACAGACCCAAUACGAAAACGGUCGUCAACAAUCCAGCGGUAAAGAUUUCGAGGCCAAACUGGACGCUAAUCUACAGGAAAUGUGUAUGAAUAUAUCCAGGCUCAAAGGUUUAGCUACAGAUUUAUCCUUCGAACUGGACUCUCAAAAUGAUCUUAUUAGUACAAUAGUUGAUAAAACGGAAACUGCCGAUAUGACUAUAGCUAAGCAAAACAAAGAUAUGAUGAGAAUACUGAGGAAAUAAGGAUGCAAGUGGAUAUUUUGAGUGUUCUUCUAUUGGGGAAUUAAAUAAAAAGAUCAUCAAUAUUAUAUUUAAAUUUUCUUUUGGUUUAAAGUAUUUUCCGAUUACUUUUCUCUGAAAAUCUCUUAUGUAAUUUAAGAUUUUAAAAGAAUUAUAUUUGUUAUUUCCAAAGCACCUUUUAAUGCGAUUGCACGUGUAUUUGUGAUUAAAUGUACUCAAAUGUGAUCUUGGAUAAGUGAUUCAUUCAGAUGGAGCUUGACGAUUACUUAACUUCUCUGCAGUACAAACCUUUUAUGUGGAAAAGCGAGAUAUAUUGUUGUAUAUGCUGUGUAAGAAUUUAUAUCAAUGUAUGUAUGUAAGAGAAUAUACAAUUUCAAUGUU